UCAUACCCUUAUUUUGGUUUUUCCAUUUUUUCGAUUUUGCCCUUGUCUCGCCUGUGUUCUCCUCUUCCUUCUUCUUCUCCUCCCAUUCGUCGAUUCGACUGGUUAUCGUUGUUCAUCGUCUAUGGAUAAAUCUGUAAUAUUGUUGUAUGUCGCUGCCUUGGCAGCUUCGUUUCGAUUAGUUUCUUCUUCUGCUCUCUGCCCUCACGAGUCCGAUUUCUUCCGUUACAGCCUUCAAUCUCAAUGCCCCAUCUCGAUCUCCCCCCACCCACCCCUCAAGGUGGAUGGAAACUACCUAGACAGAGCUUUGGCAUCGCAACAGAGGACUGAUUAUACUGCAGUGUUCUUUUAUGCUUCCUGGUGCCCACUUUCACGCACAAUGUAUCCUACAUUUGAAAAGCUCAGCUUCAUGUUCCCUCAAGUAGAGCAUUUGGCCAUUGAGCAAUCUUCAGCCCUGCCGAGUGUGUUCUCAAGAUAUGGAAUACAUAGCUUCCCUUCGAUUCUACUAGUCAAUCAGACAUCAAUGGUGCGUUAUCAUGGUCCAAAAACUCUCUCCUCGCUUGCACAGUUUUACCAGAAAACCACAGGACUUGAACCAGUUCAAUAUAUUGAUGGCGAUCAUACUGUUAGCUUAAAUAUUCGUGAAAAAUCUAUAAUCCGAUCAAUGAGUAACAUGUCACUAAGGGAGAUAUCAAGGAGGGAACCCUUUUUAGCUUUUGCUACAGUGUUUCUCUGUUUGAGGGUGCUUCUGUAUAUAUUCCCGAAGGUAUUGACUCGCCUCCAAGCUUUCUGGGUCUUAUACGUUCCUCAUUUUAACUUGGGAAUAUUUGGGGAGACGAGUCAAAUUAUGGGGCGUAUCCUCCACAUGGUUGAUGUUAGGAGGAUUUGGACCAAGCUGAGAUUAUGCAAGACGAGGAACUUCCACGAGGGAGCAAAGAACGCCAGGGUUUGGGCUUCUUCCCUAACUUCUGUCUCCUUGGGCAAAUCUUCAUCUGCUCGAUCGUCGACAAACUGAGUGUAUAAAUCUCCAACUAAUGUGUAUCAUCCAUCGUAAGCUGCUGUGAUGCUUUUGGGGCAGGUGGUUAUCUCUGCCUUUCUCAAAUAUUUAUACUGGUAGUGAUGAUAACUGGAGCUGUCCUCUGUCCUCCUUUGGGUUGAGUUUUUUCGGUGAAAGCAAACAAGCUAUGUAAAUUUGAGAAUAGCUUUCUUUUUGUAAAUUACUCGUCAUCUGACGGGAAAGUGUAUUAGGUUGUACAAGUGGAAUGUAAGUAUAUUAAUCUCUAGCUCGAUUCAUCGUUCA